UCCAUUCAUCUGAAUGAUCCCUAUAAGAUAGACAGAGUGUUUCUCCACUUUCCUGAUACCAUCUCCAGUUCUAACGGUGUCUACUCCCUUGUGUUUUCUCCAUCAACAAAAAUGGGAUCACACUUCACAUUUGAUGGACAUGGCUUAUACUCGUUGCCUCCCCUGCUUCCGUCAGUCCCCUACACAGUACAAAUACACUUGACAGGACGGGAUGGAUCGGCGAAAUCCAAUACUUGCAGUAUCAAAAUUUCACCCAGACGGCCUCGUGAUCCGAUCUGUGGACAUACAUUGUUUUCAAACAUCUUAGCAAGAUCGAUAAAACUAGAUUUGUCAAAAGUCAGCGCCGCGGGAGCAUAUGUAUUCAUUGUGACAAUGUCUGUCGUGAAGGGUGAAAGUGUCAGCCCCAUUGUGAAACAAGCAUCUAUUAACAAUACCUUGCUUUUCGAGAAUUUGGAACCAGGAUCCUUUUAUCAAUUCAAGAUUUUAGCAAAGAACGCUUACCACAUGGAGAGCUUGGGUGGCUGCAACUUCAAAAUAUCCACAAAACCAGAUAACCCUGACUGUGAUGAGUUUUCUGAUUCAACUUCCGAUAGUGUGACUCUGUACCUGAACAAAACCAUCCCUGAAGGUGCUGAAUACCUAUCCAUACAACUUCAACUCACGAACGGGACGACUCUACAAUGGGCAAUAAACUCGAAAAGAAAUACAGUCCAGCUGGAUGGUCUUGAUCCGGAUGCAACCUAUACCUUUGACGUCAGAGCAUAUACCGCAAAUGGUCUACAAAGUGAUCAAAACUGUUCGCUGAACCAUUGGAUCCAGAUUGUUCGAUGAUUCGGCAGACAGAAUACACCAUGUCAUCUGUAACAUUUGGUUUUGGAAGCCAAUCAUUUGAACAAGACCAAUACAAGAUAUCAGUUCGGAAUGUGAAUAAAGUGAAUUAUACUUUACAAACAAUCUUAAACUCCACUACAAUUAGUAAUUUAACUCCUGGAAAAGAAUAUGAAUUCAGUGUCUACAGGUUGGGAAGCCAUGAAGAACGCAGUACUAACGGCUGCAAUUUCAGGCAGUUGUUGUGCAUGACUUUACGACCAAGAGGUAUCACAAUAACUGAUUCGCAUUCCUCCACCAUUGCAAUACAGUUUACUCCGCCAGAAGAGCUGGUAAAUAUAUCGGUUCCAUAUCUACUGGAAACCACGUCCAUUCGACAUAAAUGUGUUUCAUCAGACAUUAAGACUGACUAUAAUUCCCUUAUCACUUAUAUGGAGUUUUUUUCACUUGGUACGGACCUGGAUACCGUGUCCAUUGUUGUAAACGGGCUGUCCAGUUAUUCAGGUUACAUAUUCAGAAUCAAACCGAACAUUUGUAUACAGAAUGGAUCCGAAUGGAGUGACAGCGUGUUUGGUAAAACAUCUGAAACAGUACCGGACUUGAUUGACAUGAGCCAUACAGAAGUACACAACAUAACGUCAUCGUCAGUCGCCAUCACAUGGAGAAAACCUUGCUUUUCAAAUGGUGAAAUACUUCAUUAUGAUAUUCAGACAUUUGCUCUGCAAGAUAGGAUCGACAGAUCUGUAAACACACAAUUCGUGUUUGACAAGUUGUUAUCGAACACUCGGUAUUCGUUUAGAAUCCGAGCCAUAAAUUCUGCGGGAGACGGAAACUGGUCGGAAUGGAAAUAUUUCCGAACAACCAUACAAGAAACAACAUACCUUGAUAUUACAACACCCGUUCCUCCUACUACAUUCAGUGAAUACUCCACAGAAAACGAAGCUUCCAUUACAACGAAUGGCCAAUCUCCAUCAACCUCAAAUUCCAUAACGUUCCAAACGCAUAAAUACACACAUAAAGAAGUCAAUCAUUAUUUUCAUGGCGAUGUCUAUGACGUCAAAAUGGCAUUACCAGAUUUAUCCUCCACGAGAUGCAGACUUAAUAUCUUCUGGAAAAUCGACACCAAGAAUUUCACAAAUGAAACAUUUUUGAGAUAUUACGUUUCUUACUGGCCUCAAAACAAGCCGACUGAAAAGAUUUCUCUGGUUACACAAUUACCAUAUGCAAGAAAUAUCACUGUGGCCUCCGAUGAGUUCUACUUUCUACAGAUAGAAGCAGAAGGAAACAUGAACAUGACAAUUUCAAAGUUCCAAAUGAUGUUCGUUGUGAAGGAUGGAAAAUGGGAAAAGGUUCAAGAUGCAAGCACCCAAGCAGAUGUAGGCAUAUCCAAAUCCGGUGAGAAGGAAAUCACCACUUGAAACAAUGGAGUUCUUUCCCUUCGCCUUUUGUUAUAUGAUUAAGAUAAGAUUAAAAUCUAAUCUAUAUUUUGCUGAAUAUGCAGUUUCUAAUCACUCUCAAUGUGUGCACAUAACAGAACCUUGGAAUUGACAAAAAGUUCCUUUUGAAAAAGUAUUCAUAAACUACUACAGGACGUCUAUUUUUUCAGCCAGAGACGGUCUUGCUGGAACGCUGGCAGUGCUGCUACUAUUGCUUGGAUGUACAUUGAUUUUAUUAUGGUAUUACAGAAGGCAGCUGAGGAUGAGAGUAAAAGCAGACACUGUUAAAUCAGAUGAUAUGCAAUACACAUAUCAAGAAAUUCCACUUUCAGAGUCAAGGUCCUCCACUCUGAACGAGUCUCAUCUCUACCAAACCCUAAGAUCAAAUGUUGGUGAUGAUAGUCCCGUCUGUCCUGAAGUGAACAGAGAAAUGGACAUUACGGAAAGAAAUACACUUUCUUCGUGUACCCAUGAAUACGUAGAAUUAACAGAGUCAUUGCCGAAACAACUCAACAGGACUGAAAGUUGCACAACACCAAACUACUUUAUCCUUGAGCCGCAAUACACACGGCCAUUGAAGGCGAACAAGAAGCUCGAGGAAGAUUAUGCAAUGGUGGCAGGAAACACAGAUAUCGUGAGAAAAGAGAACUUUUCUGAAACUGAACCCGGAAUUAAUACAGACGAAGCGUAUAAUGAAUCCCCUAUAACAGUUUCUGUUGCAAUCACGAAAGCAUCGUAUGAGAAUGUCUUAGUAAAGAAAAUUGAAAGUUAAUAUAAUUCAUUUAAAAUGUACAUGUACAAACAAGUACUUACAUCAACACUACGUACAUGUAUUACUAGACAUAGGUCUCUGUUUUACAAAAUAUUUAAAAAUAGUGUUGUAAAAUGAUUUCAAAAUAUUUACGAACCAUAGAAUCUUAUCAUAUCCAAGUAAAUGUUAAAAGUUUGAAUAAACGGUGAUCGAUCUCGUAUAUCCUAUAAGAAUACAAAAUUAAGAGUAGAGACCCUAAAAUUUGUGAAAUACCGACUUUAAACGAUACUGUUGAAAGCCGUAACGUCAACUUAUUUGUCCGUAGCCUGUCUCAAUUAAACAAUUGAUCAUGUACAGAACAUGUCCUCACGUAUCGAAUCAAAUGCGUGACAUAAACACUAUCUGCAUGAUGAUAAAAUACCUCUAGUGCUGUUAUAAGAGUAUGGAAAGUUGAUGAUUGAGGAGUUGAAUUCAACUCGUUAAUCAUAAAAUUGAAUAGCUGCAUGUAGUAGUCCAUUAGUGUUCAUAUUCAAUAAAACAUAUACAAAUAUGAAACGGAUGUGGGAGAAUUUGCUGUGUCUUUUAUUUUAAGUUAACUGGGGUAUAUCAAAUAGACAGAUAGGAGUUAUGAGAUUGAUCACUGUUCGUUAUCUUUACCUUUCAUGAAUACAAAUGAAUUUUGUAAAUGUACCAUUUUCCCUCCCAGAGAGAUAGAGUUCUAAUCUAGAUUCGGGGAUAUUUGCACAUCGUUUUGCAGCAGUGUAGUUCUUUAACAAAUUCACUGUAAUUGUCUCGAUGAUUCCCAAAUUCCAAAUCCUUACUCGUAUUUCAUCCCCUAAAGACCAUGCUUUCUGUCUGAAAAGAAAAACGUACCUACUCUGUACGAAUUGGACCUGGAACUUUAAGACGAGUAAAAUUAAUUUCCUUAUAAACGUACAUGUAUGCAAAUGAGCGAAUUUUGCAUCCUUUCAUAUUUCAAUUUGAACUCUGAUUUCAUGUCAUUAAGUGUUGUGCUUUCUUUAAUCUUAUUCGGUGUAACAAGAGAUUGAAGGUGAUCACUUCUACACCAAGAGUUGUCUCUCCAGUGCCGAGCUGUGGGUUCUAAAACAGAUGACACUGUGAAAAGCAAAAAGAAUUACAAAGCAUCAAUUUCAUCUACAUUUGAAAAAAUGAAAUAUUUUGUUUCAGAGUGUUAAUUUCUGUUUCAAGUCAUAAGCAUGUCCUUAUUAAGCUAUACAUUUACAUUGUUUCAUGAUGUUCAUUUCAGUUUUAGUUCGUAAACAUGUCAUUAUGUUUUUACAUUAUGCUUUGUUUCAUAAUAUUAAUUUCUGUUUCAUCAUAAACAUGUCCUUUUUAUGUUUUACUAGUGCAAAUAUUGUUUCAGAAUAUAAAUUUCUGUUUAAAUCAUAAA